AUGGAGAUAAUAAUAAUUCUCAACAAUAUUCGAAUAAACUGUCAUAAAAGAGAAGUUUAUAAGGAAAAAAUAAAAAUUGGGCCACAAAUUAUUUACGUUUUAAAUUUAUUUGCUGGUAGCUUUACUGACGUUCCAUUUCAGUUCACAGUUAAUUUCACCAUAAAUAUGAACUUUCAGCCUGGAUUAAAGCCUAUUCUUCCUACAAUCAACCUUAUUCCAAUCCAAGAAGGCUGCGUCUACCCUAUAAUUCCUAUUUAUUCACCAAUUGCACCUAUUCCACUUCUAGAUGAACAAACCGAGCCAAAGCCCAAAUACAAAAGGACAUGGAAACGUGACCAAGUUGAAGCUUUGUAUGCACUAACAAAAACGUUUUGCGAGCAAAAAAACAAAGCCAUUGAAGACCUGCAAAUAAUUGACUUCAUAGAGAUUGCAAGGAACACUGACAAGACUGCAGAGCAAUGCAUGGCAAAAAUUUACGAAAUUCGAACUUCUGGAACAUUGAGGUCUGGGACAUGGUCGCCAACUGAAGAUGACAUGAUAAAAGACAUGGUUUUGGCUCAAAAACUGAAGUGGGGACAAAUUGCGAACCAUUUGAAUACAAAAGUGCAUAGAAACAUAAAAAUCAGGACUGGAAAACAAUGUAAAGAAAGAUGGAAUAACCAUUUAAAUCCAACGGUGAACAGAGGGGAGUGGAGCGCGGUAGAGGAUUUAACGCUUUUGGAGCUCCAUAAAGAGCAUAGCAACCAUUGAAGUUUGAUUUCGAAAGAAAUGACAACAAGGACUGAAAGUUCUAUUAAAAAUCGGAUAAAGUCACUUAUGAAUAAAGAAAUGCAGGAUUUAAGCAACUUAAACAAUCCAGCCGCUGCAAUUGAUAGGCUGAUCAUGAAAAAAAGAUUUGAAGUAUCAAAUUUAAAGGAUGCACAGGAUAAUGCAAGUCCAGGAAGUGGCACUAAUUAUAGUCGAGCUACUAUGAAAAAACCAACAUUUUCAGAUCUUGCUAUGGAUUUGUAUCCUAAUUAG